UGUAGUCAAGAGGAAAGCAAGCACCACUGCCUUGUGACGAAAGAUAGAUAGAGAUCCCAGGAAGGAAUUGAGAGCAUGCCGGGAGCAAUACAUCUCCCUUGCUGCUUCGCUCUCAAGUCGGAGCGCCAUGAGAACUACCUUCGCUAUGUGCACGAGGACACUGACGAAACGACCUACGGGCAGCUGCAGCUCAACGGCGAGGACGCCGUCAACCCCUUCACCAGGUUCGAUUCCGAGCCGUCGCAACUGCACGAAGGCCUGGUUCACAUCCGGUGCCGUUACAACCGCAAGUACUGGGUGCCUCGUCAGCGCGGCGGCGGCUGGUGGAUCGUCGCCGACGCCCAUGAGCCGGAAGAAGACCUCGACAGUCCCAACUGCACGCUGAUCAAGCCCAUCAUCAGUGUCACCAACCCCAAGGAUGACGAUGCUGCUACUACUAAACCCGCCGUGAAGGUGAAGGAUGACGAUGCUGCUGCUACUGAACCCGUCGUGAGGGUGAAGGACGACGAUGCUACAACUGAACCCGUGAACGUGAUGACCGUCAGGUUCGUCCACGCUGGAAAUGCUCAGCCUGGCAAGGACACGCGCAUGACGUUCUCUGGCGAUUCCGGCACCGCCGCCUGCAUGUGCGUCGUUGUCAGCGACGCUAAACACGAGCAUGAUGACGGCGGCGACGCCUUCACCGUCCUCAACUUCGCCAGGAGCCCCAGGAGGCUACCAAGGUUCUUGGUAUUCAAGGGCCACAACGACCUGUACCUGAGCGGGGUGACGAUCAAUGACACGAACUACCUCCAGUUCUCCGCGAGCGACCCCGGCGAUCCGACGGUGGUGCACGAGAUCCGAUACCCCGGCCGAGAAGGCGUCGUCAUCGUGCGGAACAUCCACCUCGACAGGUACUGGGCAGACACCCAAGGACAGUGGAUCUUGGCUCUCUACACCCCCCAGGAAAUGCAGAGGCCCCCGGUCGCAUCGUGGUUCACUACCGUGGAUGUCAAGGACUACUUCGCCAUCAGCCCCUACGACAUGUCAGGCACCUUAUACUUCCUCAAGAACGUCACGAGAGACGACUUCACCAACUGCCUCAACGUCGACUUCUGGAACAGGACCAUCACCGCCGACGCCCGGAUCAGGGUGGAGGAGGCCGUCCUCGACCGCGAGAUCUACAACGUCGAGUACAGGCUCAGGGAGGCCAGGGUGUACGACACAAGCGUUCUCACCAUGGCCACCACGGCCGCCGUCAAUGACACCUCCAGGGAGAACACCAAGAGGCUCACUCUCGCCUACGAGGAGUCGGAGAUGAGCACCUGGGACGCCACCCUCGAGCUCAAGUUCGGGUUCCAGUCCAGGAUCCGAGCCGGGUUCCCCAAGCUCGGCCUCGGUGCAACCGUCAACAUCUCGGCCGAGUUUUUCGGGGCCUACAACUGGGGCGAGACCAUGGAGAAGACGGUGAGCCAUGAGGUCGAGUACGAGGUCACGGUGCCUCCCAAGACCAAGGUCACCGUCAGCCUCAUCGCGACGAGGAGCGCAGUCGACGUCCCCUUCAACUACCGGCAGAGGGACAUCAUGUCCACGGACGGAGGAGCUCGGGAUGUUGCCAUGACGGAUGGCCUCUACACCGGCAUCAACAGCUACAACUUCAAGUUCCAGACCACGGAGGAGAAGCUCAAGGCAAGGCGUUUGGCCCCGACCCCUCCUUGAGACUUGACUACCACGGGAUCGGACGUAAUAAUAAGUAAAAUAAAACGAGUGCCUCGACCGAGCGUGUACUCUCUAGUCUCUACUGCACUUGUAAUCGAACAGCUUGUAUCUGGCCUGUGUGCAAUAUGUGUUCAUGCAUAUUAGUUGUCCCGUGUAAUGCCGCAGAUUUAGUUAUUGUGUGUAUCCAUCUCUUGAUGCUUAAGCCUUAAUUUAUGUUAUGAACAUAACAACUCGACUUAGCUACCAA